CAUCAGUUACUCUCAAGAUCGACAUAGGGUUACUGUUACAAAAAAGUGAUCCAUUAUGUUCCAACACAAAAUAGUAUAAUGAUAUUCGUUCCGGUGAACUUCACGAACAUCACAACACUAGAUGAGAAAAAUGUUACUUACGUGGGAAAGUCUACUUUGGAGAUUCUCUCUUUGGAAACCAGGACGACUUUCUAUUGGAUUCUACUGCUGAUCUGUAUUUUUGCUGUCGUCGGUAAUGUUUGCGCCAUUUACUCCAUCUUCAAGAGAAAGUGUAAAAUUCUCCAGAAGUCCUGCAUCAUUUCUUUAGCUCUGUCAGAUAUUUUCACAGCAGUAAUCUACACCGUAAACAACUUAGACACCUUCUCUAGCCAGUACUAUACAUGGAACUUGGGGGAAUUUUUGUGUCACUUCAUACCUAUGGCACAAAUCGCGGGAACAACGGCCAGUUCAGUUGCUGUAUUGAUAAUCGCCUUGGACCGUUACCAAAAUGUAAUUUACGCCCUGAGUAAACGUUGGAAUCCUUCAAUUAGCAUGUGCGUUUGCUACGGUCUGAUCCUUUGGAUAAUGUGUGCAGUUGUCUGCUAUCCUCUAUACCAGUACUUCGAAUACCAUCCAAUAGUGAUCGUCUCGGACAAUGUUCGUAAUCCAAACUGUCCCAUAUUAGAAAAGGCUGCGAUGUGCGUGAGCACAGUCAAACCCUCAAUGGCUGUCUACUUCACACUGCUUUACACCUUCAUCUUUUGUCCAUUGAUCUGCAUCUUCCUUUGGUUCUAUUACAAAAUCGCUGCUUUGAUUUGGCGUCACAGGAAACCUGUACAAAGUCACCAUGGAGACAAAGCCGUCGAGGAAUCGGAAUCAAAUACAAGGACUACAGAAAUCACUACAAUUGCCGAGCCCAAACCGAAGCCUAAAGAAAUAAAGAAAAACAAAAACGUACAAGUUGAAAGGAAAAUAAGGACGUUUAAGAUUGUUAUAACACUGAUGCUUAGUUUUUUAUUAUGCAGGAUUCCGUACUUCACACAAUACAUGUACAAGUUGUGCAGAUUUGAAAGUAAUGGGAAACAUAAUCACGUAACUUGGAACAUUAACUACGCAUUAUUAUCGAUGAACUGCUUGAACUGUGCUCUUAAUCCUUUGCUUUACACCUUCAUUAACGAAACUAUCAACGUUUGCAAGAAAAUAUGUGACUUCACCUAUAAGAUUGCUUGUUGCUUUUGUAUCACGUCCGAAUUUGACGAUUUUGAAAGAGAUCGACAUCCUGUUGUUGCACAAUAUCUAGAUCACAGGAAGUUGAAGGAAACAACUGGAGAGGUUAAGAAUUCUAAAGUUAGAUUUAAAGAUGUCCCUCCAGUCGAGGGCGUCUCUUCCAAAUCUUCACAAACACACAGAUACUAAUUAUAUUAUAUGUUGUAUGUUUAAUAAAUGUUUGUGAGUAAAUACAAAGCAGUUUUAUUGUUAUUUAAUAA